GGCGGCGGCGGCGGGAUGGGAGCGCCGAGAUGCCCCGGCACUGCUCCGCCGCCGGCUGCUGCACCCGCGACACGCGCGACACGCGAGGCAGAGGCAUCUCCUUCCACCGGCUGCCGCGGCGCGAGGACCCCCGCCGGGCGCAGUGGCUGGAGAACAGCCGGCGCCGGGACCCGGCCGGGGGCGGCCGCUGGGACCCCAGCUCCAAAUACAUCUACUUCUGCUCGCAGCACUUUGAACAGUCCUGCUUCGAGCUGGUGGGCUACAGUGGCUACCACCGGCUGAAGGAGGGCGCCGUCCCCACCGUGUUCGCCCCCGGACCCCCCCGGACCCCCCGGCCCAAGCCCCCCCCGGGCCGGGACCCCCCAAAAACGACGCGGGGCAGCCGCAGGUGGAGGUGA